GUGUUGAUGCUGUGAAGAAGUCAGUUGUUAUAUUUCCACCGCCACGGCGCGGGAGGAGCACAGCCACCUCGUCGCAGCUUUCGACCAGGUAGAGAUGCCACAAUGGAGACUAUGCUGCUUAUACUUAUCCUUCUCUUCUGCUUUCACCUAGCCUCUGUUUGUUGUUCAGCAGGACGAACGGAGGUGAGAGUGAUGGUUCCUCCUGUUGUCAGGAGAGGUUCUACAGUGACUCUGGUUUGUCUCCAUAACCUCACAGCUGACAACCUCUACUCAGUCAAGUGGUACCGAGGGAACUAUGAGUUCUACAGGUUCCUACCCAAGGAGCGCCCUCCCGCCACGACCUUCCCUCUACCGGGACUCGAGGUUGAUAUGAAUGGGUCUAGUGGUCAGCAGGUCACUAUCCGAGUGCUGACCCGGCAUAUCUCCGGUGUGUUUACAUGUGAAGUAUCUGCCGAGGAACCCUUCUUCAGCACAAGUUCCGACUCAGCAAACCUCACAGUCAUCGAUAUCGGCCUCCGCAAGCCUCUAGUCAUACCAAGCUCCAGCGUACAUGUGGCAGGUUUACCCAUCCAAGUCAACUGUUCGGCCCAGCCAACCGUCCCGGCUCCUAACAUUUCAUUCUACCUCGAUGAUGUAAAGGUCAACAAGAGUGCAGUGAGAGUGUUAGCGCCGGGUCUGGCUGUGCUGGAGGUGGACAAGCUCGGGUCAAGUGAAGGUCCAGUAUGCUAUCUAAGGUCUUUGAACUAUCCAUGUUGUUUGACAGGUCAACAAGAGUGCAGUGAGAGUGUUAGCGCCGGGUCUGGCUGUGCUGGAGGUGGACAAGCUCGGGUCAAGUGAAGGUCCAGUAUGGGUCAGGUGCGAGGCAGCUGUUAGUGGCGUCUAUCACUUGAGUAGUGCCAGUAUACCUAUACUGGAACAUCAUCAGGAGCUGGCUGCAUCAUCCAACGUGUCACCUUCAAGUCUCAAGACCAAUUUCAUCACCACAAAGUGCCUUCUUCUUAUAUCUAUUGUGUUUCUAGUCGAGUACAAACUAAAAAUAUAAUUUGUUAUUUAGUUCCUUAAUUGUAUGUUCGUUAUAUGCUUAAGAUAUUCCAAUUUAUUUAAUGUCUAGAUUUAGAUUUUAUUAACUUUUGUACAGAGUUUAUUUAAUUUCUUGUAGUAUAAAACUGUUGUUAUAAUUUAGCUUCAUUAAAAUGUUAUGGCUGUGAGUUGUAGUAAUAACAAACU